AUGGCACGAAGCUCUUACGACGCCUCGGACCUGAACUCGGUCCUCAGCAGGCUGUCUAACCUAUCUCAGCCUCAGAGCAGCUCUCAGCAACAUUAUUCCAGCCGCAACCAUACACCAAACACCGAAGCCUCUGCCGCAAGUCUCAGUGCAGUUCCACCCCGGCCGAGGCCGAUCACAGGACGGUCCGCUUCUGCCACCGAUUCGUCAACCAUCACAACGUGGCCCGAAGCGCUACGUUAUGUGAUGCGGACAGUGGGCCAGAACGAAGAAAUCCAAUCUCGCAUCCGCGGUAUGAUCCGAAGUCAGCAUCAUCAUGAAAAGCAGUGGUUUGAAGGCCGCCAUGCAUUAUUGAAACAGCAGCAAAGUCGCCCCCAGAAACAAAGGGAGCUAGAUGCAGUACUGCGAUCGAUUGGGGCCCCUGUCAAGGAAGAUGACGGUUCGGCUGAAAAGGAGUAUGCUGCGGAACUUGCUGCAUAUGAUGCAAAGGUUCAUGGGGCAGCCACCCAAAUGAGUGAUGCUCUCACGGCUGAACUGCGCGGUCUCAAUGUUCCAUUCUUCACACUCCGCAAAGAUAUGAUACAGGAAGAACGUGACCGGAAUGACCCUUCUGCUCCAUCAAAUCCUCCGGUGCCUACUGUUGGCUACGGUGGUGGCAACCCCCCAAUCAGCAAGUCCGAACUUGUGAAGUUGCAGCGGCGGAUGUUGGAGUUGCUGGAGGAUUUAUGUAAGGAAUGA